AUGCCAAGGCAGACGGUCCCGGUGGAGGCGGAAAGCUGGUCUUUAAUUGGAAAGGAGCUUAUCUUGGGGCUGGCAGCCAUCCCUGUCUUCUGUGUGCGUCUGCGUCUGCGCGCUCGGCAAGCUCUUGCUCGUCAUCGCAAGGAAAAAGUGGUUUUCCUUUUCACGACGACCGCAGCCGCAGCGCACCUCCCAGACACCUUCACCUCUACCUUCACCUUCACCUCCACCUCCGUCCGCACAUCGCCUACUAACCAGGCUGCAUCGCCGCGUGCAUCUGUGACUGCCGUCCACAGCCCACCACCGUCAAUGGCUCCCACCAUGCGGCCCUUUGCUGCGGCGAAGCUCGUCGCACAGGCCCAGCUCGCCGGCCGCCGCGCCUACACGACCCAGCGCCCGUCGCUCAUGGCCAGCAGGGCGCAGUGGACCUCGCGGCCCGUCCAGUCGCAGAUGGUCCAGCGCCAGAGCGUGCGCCAGCAGAGCAGCCUGCCAGACAAGAAGCAGGUCAAGCGCGGCGGCUUCAGGAUGCUGCGCUGGACCUGGCGCCUCACCUGGGUCAGCGCAGUUGCAGGCCUCGCAUACAUUGGCUACGGUAUAUACGAGACGCGCAACCCCGUCGACCAGCCGCCGCCCGACCCGUCCAAGAAGACGCUCGUUGUUCUGGGCACCGGCUGGGGCUCCGUCUCCCUCCUCAAGAAGCUCGACACGGAAAACUACAACGUCAUCGUCGUCUCGCCGCGCAACUACUUCCUCUUCACCCCGCUGCUGCCCUCGUGCACCGUCGGCACCAUCGAGCACCGCUCCAUCAUGGAGCCCAUCCGCAACUUCCUGCGCCACAAAAAGGCCGCCGUCAAGUACUACGAGGCCGAGGCCACCAAGAUCGACUACGAGAAGCGCGUCGUCUACGUCAACGACGAGUCGCCCAUCAAGGGCGAUGUCUCCCAGACCGAGAUCCCCUUCGACAUGCUCGUCGUCGGUGUCGGCGCGGAGAACGCCACUUUCGGCAUUCCCGGUGUGCGCGAGCACGCUCUGUUCCUGAAGGAGGUCGGUGACGCCCAGGCCAUCCGCAACCGCAUCAUGGACUGCUGCGAGACGGCCACCUUCAAGGACCAGUCUACCGAGGAGGUACAGCGUCUGCUGCACAUGGUCGUCGUUGGCGGAGGCCCCACCGGCGUCGAGUUCGCCGGUGAGCUCCAGGACUUCUUCCACUCCGACCUGAAGAAGUGGAUCCCCGAGAUCCAGGAGAAGUUCCACGUCACCCUCGUCGAGGCCCUGCCCAACGUCCUGCCCAUGUUCUCCAAGCAGCUCAUCGACUACACCGAGCAGACCUUCAAGGAGGAGACCAUCGACAUCCGCACAAAGACCAUGGUCAAGAACGUCACAGACAAGUACAUCGAGGCCGAGUCGACGGGCCCCGACGGCAAGAAGCAGCUCGAGAGGAUCCCCUUCGGUCUGCUCGUCUGGGCCACCGGUAACGCGCUGCGACCGCUUGUCAAGGAUCUGAUCAACCAGAUCCCUGCACAGAAGGACUCGCGCCGCGGUCUCGCCGUCAACGAGUACCUCGUCGUCAAGGGUACGGAGAACGUCUGGGCUGUGGGUGACUGCGCUGUCGCCAACUACGCCCCCACCGCCCAGGUUGCUGCCCAGGAGGGUGCUUUCCUGGCUCGCAUGUUCAACCAGAUGGCCAAGACCGAGGAGAUUGAGUCCAAGCUGGUCGAGCUCUCCGAGAUACAGGAGAAGGCGCCCAACGCCGAGGCCCGCAACAAGGCCUUCGACGAGAUCAAGGACCUCCAGAAGAGGCUGAGGAGGACCAAGGGCGUCAACCCCUUUGAGUACUCCCACCAGGGUUCGCUCGCGUACAUUGGCUCCGAGAAGGCCGUGGCCGACAUUUCGUGGUUCUCUGGCAACAUCGCCUCGGGCGGUACCAUUACCUACUUCUUCUGGCGCAGUGCCUACCUCAGCAUGUGCUUCAGCACCCGCAACAGGAUCCUGGUGCUCAUGGACUGGGUCAAGGCAAAGGUGUUUGGUCGCGAUGUGUCGCGUGUCUGA